AAUGGAAAAAGCUUUUUAGAGCAUUCAAAGUCCACCUUUAAGACAUAAUUUUUCGCAGUUAUGGUAUCACUGGAUGAAAGAAAAAGAAUACAAAGAUUGCUUUAAUCAAGAAUUUUUUUCAUGAAGUUGGAUAAAUGUGAUAAAAGAAACUAAAUCAACUGGUUUCUGAUAGUCGAUAGAUUUUUGUACAUCAAGUCUGGUCACUCUUCACUCAUGUUAGAAUUAUUUUGAAGCAAUACAUUGUAAGAAAUUUGAAUAUUAAUUGCACUAAGAUGAAUGCUGCAUCUACGCAAAGUGGUACUGCUUUAAUCUCCAGCAAUGGUAGUGCACCACCUGUGACAUCAAUACCUGGCAAUCCUGUGCCAACUAGUAUGCUUUCUUUUCGCUUUGCAACACCUAACAAUACACAAACACCAUACUAUAUUUCAUCCGAUAUUGUCUUGAGUGGGGGCAUUGCUCAGCAAAAUCGAAGGAGAAUUGUUCAUAAUGAAGUUGAGAAACGUCGCAAAGAUAAGAUCACAAACUGGAUCAAGAAGUUAGCAGAUUUGUUACCUCGCCAUCGUGUUACAAAACAGAGUAAAAACUAUGUGUUGGAAACAGCUUGUGAAUAUAUUGAGGAGCUCAAUCAAAUGAGCAGCCAGUUUAAUCAACUCAAACUUAGCAAAGAUAUACUAGAACAAGAAGUGACGGAAUUAAGAAAUAAGGUAAACAAGCUUGAAGAUGAGAAUAAACGUCUUUCACAACUUAUUCAUCAGAACAAAGUGUCAUUACCAAGCACUUGGAGUGAUUCGUCAUUAAUAACAACCGCAAUGAGAGCAACGUCUUCACCUCGAAACUCUACCUAUCCUCAAUGUAGACCUUCUAUUGGCUCUAAUGUAAAUGAAGCAUCCAGGUCUUUUCAUUCGACUCCGACAGCGACGAUAAUGUCGACUGUUACCAACUGUCUUUCAGUGACGUCGAUUUUAUCAAGUCACAGUAAAGAACAGGUGACAACAACAAACUCCAGGCAAAGGAAUGACGAACGGCAGAUUACAACGUUGCCAGUCAAUGAAGAUUCACAAGCUUUAACGUUAACGAAUAAGAGGCCACUAAAUGCGGUGGCAAAAACUUCAUCUGGUGCCAAAAGUACCAACAGGAUUUCAAACAAUACUUCGAGACAAAGUAAUCCACUAGCGACUACACGUCGAAGUAGCUCGGCAGCAGUACCCUCAACGUCGACGCAUCUUGCUUCACUCAUCCCUAAAGCUACCGAAGUAUCUAGAGUAACACCAUCCAACACUAUAGGGCAAGCUUCCUUCAUGCCACAAUCUCAAACAGCUAUGAUUCUAAGUGUUGCCAACAUGACUGGUAUGGAACAUCUGCCUCAUCAACAGACUGACACUGCGGAAACGUCUUCGGUUGAUAAAGCUUUUUCACAAGCGCAACAAAUGCGGUCGAUAGGAUCUAAUUCUGUGCAAGGAAGUAUUUCGCAACUACCUUAUAGUAUUGAUGCCUUAACUGGAAAUCACAGUAGCCACAAUCGACAGCAGGCUACCACCACCGGAAACCCCUUGAAUUUCUCUGCAGAAUCUCUAAUCGGACGUCAAGAAACGAGUAGUGAUAUCGCACUGGUUAAUAACCCUGUUAAUCAACCAGUUAUUCAAAAUACAUUUACAUUGACUCACCGAAAUUCUCUUAUAAAUGGCAACUCAACACCAACCACUGCGGCCCCUCAAAGUUUCUCAAAUUUUUCUGCUCUUUCACUUGUUGGAAAUACCGAUACGUUUUCUGUAAACGCAAGCUCUUCAACCCGUUCGUCAACCACAGGUCAAGAUUCUGGAGCAAUUCCGCCAUCCACUGGCAACAUAUUCACGGAUUUCUCCACAGAGUCACUUAUAGGGCAGACUGAAUUUACCUCAGACUUUGCCAUCGAUAAUCUCAUCUCUCGCUCGGAUUCCAGCGCUCAUAUGGCAACAAUUAAUCCAAAUCUAAUUCAGUCAUUUGGCAAAGGAAGCGAUCCAAUGAUUUCUAGCGUAAGCGGAGAUCAUGCUAAUCACUUGGCACAUAAUUUCGACCCCCCGGGGUUUAAUAUUGGAACUUUUACAUCCCAUCUUUUUCCACCUUAUUGGUAAAGGGUACAAUUUUUGCAUUUGACUGGUGGGCGUAAAUGAAGGAAUUAUGGUUAAAUAUUUAUGUUAUUCUUUUAAAACUUAAUCGGUUGUGGUGUCAUUGCUGGAAAAUGAACAAAAAUUCAAACUUACCGAAAGAUGUGAAUGAAUAGGGAAUAAGUAAAUCACACCAUUAUGUAUUGAGAUGGUGUCUUGUCUUGGAGCAGAAACGGCAAUACUUUGUGUCUUGUUGAAUGUCAACGCAGCUGUACCUUGUCCAAAAUGGCUAUACAUCUACCAAGAAUAAAUGGAUAAAUGGGGAUAAAAUUAUUUCUUGAUACUUGGAAAGGUUUUAAGUAUGCCGUCCAUAUUUUUAGUAUUAUAGCUCGUUAUAAAGCAAUAUCUGGAUCGAAAAAUUGGAUCGAAAAUCAACAAAAAUACCAGCUAAUUACUAUUUAUGCGAUGAAGUAUAUUACGGGUUGUGCAUUUAGAAAUUUGGAUUGUCACAAACCUGAUUUGGAGAUAGGUAUAUGGAUGCCUGUAGAAUUUAACAAAAAUAUGUGAUGAGAAGAGCAUUAACAAAAUGAAAAUGAAACAUUUUAUAUUCUUUGUGCAAAACUAGUUCCACCUUUCUUAUUUUACUAGUAUCCAUGUUCUAUAAUAUAAUAUUGGAAGACAUACUUAAGAGAAGAGUUUAUCAUGGAUAAAGGUUUGUUGUAAAUGAUAUAGUUAAAGAUUGGACGAGUGAAGUGUUGUGAAGCAACAAUGUUUACAAAACACUUUAAGUGAAUGUAAAUAGGGUUUUUAAAAGCCUAAACAAACAAACAAAGGAAAUUUAAAGAAACUUGCCUUUUUUCUUGGGCAGGGCUGUAAGCUUCGAAGCCCACAAUUCCGCGUUGCGUUGCCCAUGGGGAAAGUUUCACCACCAAAAUAGAUGUACAGUGCUCCUUUUUCGUCUAUAAAAAACGAGGAUACUUAUUAAAUUAUUUCAUCAUCAA